CGGCUUUCUCUUCCACCACAAUCUGCCUCGUUGUUUACGGAGGGCAAAGGUCAUUCAUACAUCAUGGACUUCAUCUUUUGUAUCCCCAUUAUGGUCGGAUGUCCGACCAAGAUCAAGCCCGAAGGCGAAAACCAGGGGGGACGCAUCUGCCCCCGGUGCCAUAAUGCUUCCAUGUUCGCCGCGAAAUCACGACAGUGGUUCGAGUUCUGCUUCGUGCCCCUAAUACCAUUCAAGACGCGACACGUGUGGAUGUGCAGUAUCUGCCAGCUCCAGGUGGACACUCAACAAGGAUGGGAGCCUCCCGUGGCACACCCCCAAGGGAACUUCCAACGUCCCGGGAUUCAAGGACCCCCGCAAGGCAGCUGGGGACCGCAGGGUGAUUACGGUGGGUCCCAAUACCAGGGCGGCUAUCAGCCUCAGUAUAUCCAACCCGGCACGCCCAAGCACAAUUGAUCAAGGCGCUGGGAAAAAGUCCAUUGAAAUCAUCUACCACAUAUCCUAUUCCGCACCCUGUCCACAUUGCUCUGCCUUCUGCACGUUCCGCUUAAUUCUGUCGCAUCAAAGAUCAUAUGUAUGUUUUCUACUCUUGGACAAUAGCUCGAAUAUAUCUCCGUGUCAGAUCUAUGCGCGUUGUAUUCCCUACUCAUGCACAAUUCCAUCACGUU